CUAUUCCAACGCUUACGCUGGAAAACAUGGAUAUUCUGGUCCAGCAUCCAGCGACCAGGAUCAAGAACACGCAAAGUCCAUGCUUCAGCAUUUAUUAUCUGUAUCCACAGUUAUACGCGAUAACAGAUUUGUAGACACGUCGAUAUUCUUGAUUCAAGAAAAAAGUAAAUCGGAGAAAACAUUUACCAUAUCAUGGAUGAAUAAGCCAAAUUGGCUGAGUUUGCAAAGUCUCAACCAUUUUCUCGGUCGCCGGUGUAAAUAUAAGAACUGCAAAAUGACAAAAUAUAAACAUAACACAAGUCACCCUGAUGCACUCGUAUUUAACACGAAAAACCAGCUACCUAGUUCGUCUUUAUCAGUGUUUAAACUCCGUCCUGGAACUCAAGUGUGGAUUUUCUUCCAGAUGGAGCCACCGUCGCGAAUUACAACGAACUGGUUCCGGCAGGAAAGUUUUAGGUAUGCUUUUAACUGGUCCUGGAGCUAUCGUCUUGAUUCAGAUAUUUUUAGACCAAUAGGAACAUUUAUAAGGAACACCGGGUUUUCAAAUAUAAGCUAUAGUGCAAUAUUUCAGAAGAAAACCAAAAUGGCGGCUUGGAUUGUGAGUCAUUGUGAGACACAAAGCCUUCGUGAAAAGUUUGUCUCUAGUCUAAUACGGGAAGGUGUGCAGGUCGAUAUUUUUGGAAGAUGCUCAAACACGGGACAGCGGGAAAAAGCCGACUAUAUCAUAAAUAGGAUAAGUCAUGAGUAUAAAUUUUACCUUGCAUUUGAGAACAGCUUUUGCGAAGAUUACGUCACCGAAAAGUUUUUCACUUACUUCAAUCUAGAUGUUAUUCUUAUUGUGAGAGGAGGGCUUAACUAUUCCAACUUUUUUGAUAAGUCAACGUUCAUCGACACUUCGGACUUUGGUUCUGUAAAGCAGUUAGCGAUUUUCUUGAAAGAGCUUGGCGGCAAUGAAAAUGCUUACACUCGGUACCUGCUCAAUAAAGAGAGGUUCACACUUGGGUUUAAUCAAUGGGACACCAUGCAGUAUUCUAGCUGUGCACUAUGUGCCAAACUUAAUAAUGUAAAUACAUUUCCAAAUAUAUAUAGAAAUAUAGAGGCGUUUGUGUCGAACGAUACUUGUACUACGCCAAAUGAUUACUAUUAA